GUGCUAGCCAUACCAAUACCAAGCACGUAUAUAUAUAAGUCCUGUGUCAUGCCUCGCAGUCGUCACACCGAGUUUCACCGGAUUCCUUUUCACUCCCGUUGGCGUGCGCUUUCACCCUACUGCCCCACGUUUACCGCCGCCAGCCAGCACAGACGUCGAUAAAGCAGACCGCUUCUCGACCCUGAUCUGCUCCCCUCCACCUCUACUUUCCACUUUUCCUCCACAUACACAGACACAAUGGCAUCUCGCGCGAUUCCUUCCCACCUGAAGCCCUCUGCCGCAGCUGGCGGUGAUGAGGGUGGCUUCUCGCAGCGCCAUCACGGCAAGUCGCAGUCCCAUGUGGCUUUUGAAAACACAUCCACCAAUGUUGCGGCCUCGCAAAUGCGAAAUGCCCUCAACAAGCUCGCGGACACGGUCACAGACCCCGCUGAGAAGAAGUAUUUUGAGACGGAGAUGGACAACUUCUUCGCCCUCUUCCGACGCUACCUCAACGACAAGGCCAAGGGCACCUCCAUCGACUGGAACCGCAUCGCGCCCCCCAAGAAGGAGCAAGUCGUCAACUACGACGACCUGUCCAACUCCGAGGCAGUCGAAUACCUGAACAAAUUGGCCGUCGUAAAGCUCAAUGGUGGUCUCGGUACCUCCAUGGGUUGCGUUGGCCCCAAGUCGGUCAUUGAGGUCCGUGAUGGCAUGUCCUUCUUGGACCUGUCAGUGCGCCAGAUUGAGUACCUCAACAGGACGUACGACGUCAACGUGCCGUUUGUCCUGAUGAACUCGUUCAACACCGACACGGACACUGCCAGCAUCAUCAAGAAGUACGAGGGCCAUAACAUCGACAUCCUCACCUUCAACCAGUCGAGGUACCCACGUAUUCUCAAGGACUCGCUACUACCCGCGCCCAAGGAGAACGAGUCAGACAUUGCCAACUGGUACCCUCCUGGCCACGGUGACGUUUUCGAGUCUCUGUACAACACUGGCAUGCUCGACAAGCUCCUCGAGCGCGGCAUUGAGUACAUCUUCCUCUCCAACGCCGACAACUUGGGAGCCGUUGUCGACCUGCGCAUCUUGCAGCACAUGGUCGACUCCAAGGCCGAAUACAUCAUGGAGUUGACGGACAAGACCAAGGCUGACGUCAAGGGUGGCACCAUUAUCGAUUACGAGGGCUCAGUCCGUCUGCUCGAAAUCGCCCAGGUUCCCAAGGAGCACGUCAACGAAUUCAAGUCGAUCAAGAAAUUCAAGUACUUCAACACCAACAACAUCUGGAUGAACCUGGCGGCCAUCAAGCGCGUUGUGGAGGCCAACGAGCUUGCCAUGGAGAUUAUCCCCAACGGCAAGUCGAUUCCUGCCGACAAGAAGGGUGAGGCGGAUAUUUCCGUGCUCCAGCUUGAGACGGCUGUCGGUGCUGCCAUCAAGCACUUCAAGAACGCACACGGUGUCAACGUCCCCCGCCGACGCUUCUUGCCGGUCAAGACGUGCUCUGAUCUCAUGCUGGUCAAGUCGGAUCUGUACACGCUCCAGCACGGUCAGCUGGUCAUCGACCCCAACCGCUUCGGCCCCGCGCCUUUGAUCAAGCUUGGCAGCGACUUCAAGAAGGUGUCGAGCUUCCAAUCCCGCAUCCCGUCGAUUCCCAAGAUUGUUGAGCUUGACCAUUUGACCAUUACGGGUCCCGUCAACCUCGGCCGCGGCGUGACGCUCAAGGGCACUGUCAUCAUCGUUGCGACAGAAGGCUCCACCAUCGACGUUCCCCCCGGCUCGAUUCUCGAGAAUGUCGUUGUGCAGGGUUCGCUGAGGCUGCUUGAGCACUAAAUGGAUAAAUGGCGUCUUGCCUGCGAUUUCUAGUAGAUUUACGGGAUACAAGUCUUAUUUAUGCGAGUACUGAUUGAUGACCGACAUGCAUGCAUUUGAGUGAGCUGGGCAAGAUGGUUGGGAACGUAAAGGUGCGCGUAUCCCGAUGUCUUGCGCGUAGUAGUAGUAAGAGUAGUAGGAGUAGAUAAAUAUGCAUCUUUCUCAACCUGUUCUCCAUCUUGUUCGUAAAAGUGGAGUCUAGUAGACUAUUCGACAUGUUCCUCAUUUUGAGUCAGGUACCAAACAGUUGCCUGAUUGCUGCCUUACGGUUCGUUGCUCCGCUUUGCGGCCCA